UAUACAUAUCCACGUAAUGUAUUGAGAGAGAGUUUCAUACCUCGUCAACAACGCCUUGCAAUAUCGACUGGCGUCGAGUGAAAAGAGAGUAAAAAGGAGUAAACAGAAUCAACCCGGAGAUCAACUCUGAUUGGCUCCAUAUCCUCCCCCCUCUCUCUCUGUAUUCCAAAUGGACUCUCCGGGCAGCGGUAAGACAACGGUACCGACCAAAAUAUCCAUCAGACGCAACGGCCUCAGCAGACGGUCGCCUCGAGCGUGCCAGUCUUGUCGAGCAAGAAAGGUCAGAUGCGACGUCACCAAGACGAAGUCACCGUGCACCAACUGCAGACUCGACAACAAGACGUGCGUUCUUCCGGUGAGCAAACGGCGGCAUGCCGGGGACCGCGUCCUGUGUCCGUCUUUCCUCGAAGCCCGGAAAAAUGGUGAAGAACAGAGUCCCAUUUGUGACGCCAUCAUCGAUUUCGAAGAUGUACGGACGACUAUCAAAACAGAACAGCCCUCGAUGCAGCAGAAAAGUCACCAAAGGGCGGCAGCGGUCCACGGGAAGACGCUCACCCUCUCGCCCGGUGAUUUCGGAACACUACCCAUAAUCGACUUCUUCAAUCCCCCGCUAGACAAGAUAACCCAGAACUCGAAGUCAGACCCAGUGGCAUCGUAUCCUUCUCCUACAUCUACGGUCAUCAGUGACCAAUCCCAGUGUCUUACCCUCCCUUCCUUCAUCACACCAUUGUCCACAAACAUUUCUCCAGAGGACCUCGACUUCCUCCGAAGCAAAGGAGCCUUUGAUAUUCCCGAUGCCCCGAUCCGAGACUUGCUCCUCCAGGCAUAUAUGCAAUGGGUCCACCCUUUUACACCCAUGCUUGAUCUCGAGGGGAUCUUGACGGCCGUCUUCAGCAACGGCGGAAAACGCACAGUCAGCCUCCUUGUCUUCCAGUCCUUACUCUCUGCUGCCACGGCAUUCAUAGGCAACAGCCUAGAGGAAGGAUGCCGAAAAUCAGUCAGAAGGAUCUGUUUCGACCGCGCCAGGUUACUGCAUGACUUCGAUGUCGAAUCGGACCGUCUGUCAAUCAUCCAAUCCGCCAUUCUGCUUAGCUUCUGGGACGGCGAUUCAGGUACACUGAGAGACAAUUAUCACUGGAUGGGUGUCGCGACAAUGCAUGCCAGCAGUCUCGGUUGGGACUCGAAUAUAGAUUUUACUUCAUGCUCAGGUUCUUCAGUCACGACAAGACUUACCUGGUGGUCACUCCUAAUCAGAGAUCGUCUGAUGGCGGUUACUCUAAGGAGACCGGUGCAGUUCAAACCGGAUACAACGAGCAUGCCAUCGCUCGAGAUUGAUGACCUUCGAUCAGACUCACUCCAUCGAGCCAUAAAAGAGACUUCACUUAUUCAACCUGGGAAUCCGGGUGAGUGUGUGAUUCUGUCACAAUGCUGCAUUGCCUUGGCGCAACUGGCGUUGCAUAUUGAGAAAGUGUUAUCAUCACACUAUGAACCUCAAAGGACACAAAUUGCCCGUGGGAGACGACCAUCCACAAUCUCACUGAUCCCUCGUUCCAGCGAGCUGACGGACAUCGAGAUUAGCGUCUGCGGAGAUGAGCUCCAACACUGGUUCCAACAAUUGCCAGUCAGCGUGCACUCGGAUCAAUCCCAGGGAGGGAUCAUUGGAGUUGCCAACGAGCACAAGGUUGUUAGGGUGCACAAGGCCUUGUUAACGGGAUAUUAUUGCAUGACACUCAUGACAAUAUAUAGACCGCUGGCUAACCCAUCAGGUCGCGGCCAAACAAAUGCAGACUUGACAGCGUCUUCUGCAAAAAUGGUCUGUCAAUCGGCGAGGUCAGUUACCGAAAUUUUCAGCGACCUAUACGCUGAGGACUUGGUACAGUUUCUGCCAGAGACUGCCAUUGCAGCCUUGGAGCCCACGGCCGUCACUCAUCUCCUGUACAGCAUGUCUCAGGACGAUAUGGUCCGAGAAAUCAGCUUUCAGAAAUUUUACCUUUGCUGGCGAAUCCUGCUUGAAUUUGCAAAGUCAUAUCAGCUUGCAGACACCACAAUCUCAAUGUUGAAUACGGCAGCAUACCGAAUGAAGGAGGAUGCCAAACAUUCGACGAUGGAUGCAACUGGUGGUCCCACUCCAGUUUCGGUCGAAGUGCUAAAGAGCCCAGCAUCAAUAUUCCAUGUCGAGGAUAGUAGCAUGCCAGCCAUGACAAAGCUGGUUUCAGGAUCAGGAAUAGAAAAGGACCAGGUACAUCAGCCUCACGAGGAGGACGACGAUGAUCUUGCCAACAGCUUCAUAAUGUCCUUACCUGAUCUAGAACUGGAUGACUUCGAUCAACUGUUGCCGUGGGACGCAACGGAAUCAAUUUGGUAGCGCUAUCAUUUAAAAUAUCAUGACAUUUCGGGUUGCCAAAUCAAAUCGUCCCAUAUCCAUGCUUGAGUAGUAUUGUCAAAAGUAUUGGACGUCCUGAUGUCUUGUAGCGAUAGCAGCGCAUCGCUGAAAUUGCCCAUACAGAUGUCCCGGGGAAUCUCUGGUGACUGAUCCGGGAAACUUCGUAGAGUGUCCAUGCUUGGAAAGUCGUCGGCGUUGUUCAGAGGAGGAUCAAAAUCAACCCUCGGAAACCUCUGUUGUCUGGUCUGCUCAGUGUCCACUGGAUUCGAGUUGUCGCGGCUCCCCGUCACAGCCUGGUCUGACUCACCGGCCUUGGCGGAAGCGUCACCCUCAACGAGCAAUGCUUUCAUCUCCUCCGCCAGUAUAAGUCGCAAGAGUUCUUCGAGGAUAACACCGCAUUGAUCUGAGAUCGUUGUACGAUACUCGUAUAAACGAGGAAGCUUGAUGAUCUUGCUUACAGCACGUUUAGCUUGAUGGGCCUGGUCGGAGAGCGGAUCUGAGAGAGCAAAUAUCCCAAGCACGACACCAGCGGUGAAUGAUUGAAUCCCGACAUAAGCACCUCCGUGAGUUUCCCGUGAGGCAGACAGGAUUUCAGCGUGGUCACCAAUCUUGGAGGUUCUCAUGGCAGAUACCCAACACUGGUACCUGCUUAUUUUGAUCAUCUCAUUGAGAUCACUGGAGCUUUGAUUCGAGACCUCCCCAAAGGUUCCUUGAACUUGGCCGCUGUCGUUCAGUGAUGGCCAUGACGGUGCUCGAUUCAUGGUAAACAAGGGGCGGUGCAAAACUAGCUGAAUGUUGUCGUAUGACAGCUGGAGAACAAGCGCCUGUAGUUGAAAGAUCUUGAUCAUUCGUUGAUCACCCUCAUUAUCUGCUGUCACUCUGAGAUUCGAAAGGCGAAGUUCCGGGGGUAUGCUCUUUUCCCAUUGCUGGAGUCGGUCGUUGAUGGUCUUGAUCUUUGUGGCGACAUAAUCCC